AUGAAUGUUUUAUCAUCGUGUCCUUCUAAAGAGAGCAUGAAAAAGGAAAACCGUCUGGAUAAACCCUUUAACUUCAUCAAAAUACUCCUUCAGCAAGACUUCUCUGAGGCGACGAUGUGGUGGUGGGAGCGAGUGUUGUGGGGAGUGUGGCUCCUGGUGAACCUGCUACUCUCCCGCAGCUACAGCGGUAACCUCAUGUCCUACCUGGCAGUCAGGUACAUACCCAAGCCUUACCCAACUAUUCGAGAGUUUCUGGACGACCCGUCGGCCAUCCUGGUAUGGCAGCAGCACUCCUCCACUGAGCAGUACAUACGGGCGCGGGGUUAUGGUUUAACCCGGGAGCUGGCAGCCCUGGAGGAGAAGGGGCGGGUGAUGCGCGUCUCUGUCAACCAGAUAUCCAGCAAGAAUGAGGCCACGCUAGUCAAGCGAGCAAGCCGCGUGAUCCUCUUCUUCGAGAUUAUCUUAUACACUCUCCUCAGUCAAGAGUUCUCUAAAUCAGGACGGUGCGAGUUUUACAUCUUAAAGGAAAGGUUCAACCCCAGUAUGAGCGGCAUGAUGGUUCCUAAAGACAGUCCUCUUCUAAGUGCUUUUAAUGACAAGUAUCAAAAUAGGGUUCCUUUAAUCUUCCUAAAAGGUUUAGGAUUUUCUGAUAUUUAUUUCUCUCAUUUUAGGGUCCUGGAGCUGACGGAAUCUGGAGUGUCCAAUUACUUGGAAUAUUCUGUAAUUCCAAACUUUACAGCUUGCCUCAGUCCUCCUACAAAGAUAACCAUCAGCACAUCCUUGUCAAUAACCAACUUAUGGGGCAUUUUCGUGGUUCUUUAUGGAGGAUUGCUUGUUAGUCUGAUUGUACUUUUUCUUGAGAUACUCAUCAAUACAAUUCCUCAGCUGCUGAGUUCAUCAGUGAAUGGCAACACUGUGGCUUAA